AUGUCGCUACUUUUACGUCUCCAAUCGCUCUCCUCCUAUGUUGUCUAUCGCUUUUCGCAUCCCCCACGCUUCCCCUCUCAUCAGCCACGCUUCCUCCCACCGUCGUCCUCUUCCUCCCACCGUCGACCUCCCUUCUCUCCCACCUCUUUCCACGUCGUCAUCACUCCCCUGCCUAUCACGUUCCCCCUCUUCACCAUCGCGUCUCCACCCCUCUCACCCACCCUGGGCGGGGAGGUAUGGCGGGCUGGGCUGGGAGCUGGGAAAGGGGUCGUGACUCGUUCGCUGUGGGGUGGUGAUGAGGCUUUGGAGCAGAGUGUUGGGGGCACAGCCAGGGCAGCGCGCGCAGGCGGGCAGCAAGGAGUGCAGUGCUGCAGGGGGCGGGUUAGGGGAGCGGGGGAGGCGGGGAUGAGGGAGAGAGGGUGCAGGGAUCCUUCUAUCCCCCUUAUACCCUGCCACACUUUUACCUCUUGCCCUCCUCCCUUACUCCGUUCCGUCGUUCCCCCUCAGCCGUCCUCCUCUCCCUCUCCCUUCCUCCCUUCCUCCAUCUCUUUGCCUCACUACCCUCUCUACCCUCUCUGUUGCCCGUCCUCCCUUCCUCCCGUCCUCCCUUCAUCUCAUCCGCCCAUCAUCUCAUCCCCCCAUCAUCUCAUCCGCCCAUCAUCUCAUCCCCCCAUCAUCUCAUCCCCCCAUCAUCUCAUCCCCCCAUCAUCUCAUCCGCCCAUCAUCUCAUCCCCCCAUCAUCUCAUCCCCCCAUCAUCUCAUCCCCCCAUCAUCUCAUCCCCCCAUCAUCACAUCCCCCCAUCAUCUCAUCCGCCCAUCAUCUCAUCCCCCCAUCAUCUCAUCCGCCCAUCAUCUCAUCCCCCCAUCAUCUCAUCCCCCCAUCUUCUCAUCCCCCCAUCAUCUCAUCCGCCCAUCAUCUCAUCCGCCCAUCAUCUCAUCCCCCCAUCAUCUCAUCCCCCCAUCAUCUCAUCCGCCCAUCAUCUCAUCCCCCCAUCAUCUCAUCUGCCCAUCAUCUCAUCCGCCCUUCUUCUGUCUGCCAUGCAUCCAGUCGUGAUGAGGAUAGGGUUUGAUGAUACUAGUCGUCUACAAUAG